GCUCCCAGACCGGCUGAGCUCACUGUACUCGUUCCCAGCGCCGAGUCCGAAAGUAGACUCAUUCAGGAGCGUCCAGAAGUCACCGAGGGUCAGAUGAAGCUGUAUAUCGCCGAGGGGAGCCCGCAGUGUGUUAAAGUGCUGGCGGCGCUGGAGCUGACCGGAGUGCAGUGUGAGGUAGAAGCGGUCAGCCCCGAGGAGAAAGUGGUCCCUCUCCUGCUGUUACCCGCCGGCCAGCAUCUCUUCAGCCCCAACAGCAUCUGCCAAUACCUGUUCGACAUCAGCGGCCAGAAGGCGACUGACGCGACUAACGAGUGGCUGGAAUGGGAAGCAACGAGUUUACAGCCGGCAGUGCUGCAGUCUCUCCACAUGUUGGCGCUCCAGGGUAAGCGAGUCGAGGCGGCCGCUGUGAUGAAGGAGCCACUGAAAUGGCUGGAACAGAGUCUGAGCAAGAAAGACUCAUCGUUCCUUACUGCAGAGGCCGUGUCAGUUGCAGAUGUCAUCCUGUGGGCGGCGCUGUAUCCUCUCCUGUCUGACUCCAGUUUUGACGUCGGUGAGCUGCGGUCGGUGCGUGGCUGGUUCGAGCGUGUCGGCGAUCUGGCCGCAUGUCAGGCGGCCGCUAACAGAGUCCUGCAGGGAAAAGGUGUUGAAGCCCUGAAGACUUUCCUCCAGAAACACCCGGCCACACAAACACAGCGCCGGGACAGUCCCACUAAUGCCACUGAGGGUCGCACCACCACUAAACAGCAGACUGAGAUCGCUCAGGACAUCUUCUGGCGUCUGCAUGAGCGGGGUUUUCUGCUGGAGGACACGGUCGCGCAGCUGCGCUGUGAAAGCUGUCAGCGCUUUCUGGCCGAUCGCUUCGUGGAGGGCGAGUGCCCUCACUGCCGUUACCCAGAAGCCCGCGGGGACCAGUGUGACAAAUGUGGCCGUCUGAUCAACGCUGUGGAGCUCGGGAAUCCGCAGUGUAAGGUGUGCAAGGAGACGCCGGUGAUCCGCUCGUCUAAACACCUGUUUCUGAACCUGCCGAAGCUGGAGGACGAGCUGGAGCAGUGGCUCGAUAAGUCGAUGAGCUCCGGCGACUGGACUGUAAACGCGCGGCACAUCACACGCUCGUGGAUCCGUGACGGCCUGAAACCGCGCUGCAUCACGCGUGACCUGCAGUGGGGGACACCUGUGCCACACGAGGACUACAAGGAGAAGGUGUUCUACGUGUGGUUCGACGCUCCUAUUGGCUACCUCUCCAUCACUGCAAACUACACCGACCAAUGGGAGAAAUGGUGGAAGAAUCCUCAGCAGGUGGAGCUCUAUAACUUCAUGGCGAAGGACAACGUUCCAUUCCACAGUGUAGUGUUCCCUUGCUCACUUCUUGGAGCUCAAGACAACUACACACUGGUGAAUCACCUCAUUGCUACAGAAUACUUGAAUUACGAGGACACGAAGUUCUCCAAGAGUCGCGGCGUCGGUGUGUUCGGUGACAUGGCUAAAGACACCGGGAUCCCGUCAGACGUCUGGCGCUUCUAUCUUCUGUAUCUGCGGCCGGAAGGACAGGACUCUGCUUUCUCCUGGAGCGACAUGGCUCUCAAAAACAACUCGGAGCUCCUCAACAACCUCGGCAACUUCAUCAACAGGAUCCGUGACGCUCUGAAGUGCAUCCUCAACAUCUCUCGUCACGGGAAUCAGUACAUGCAGCUUAACGAGCCCUGGAAGAAGAUCAAAGGAGGAGACGGUGACAGGCGAGUCAGUCCUUUGUUCCAAAAGUUGGAGAACGAACAGAUCGAGGUUCUGAGGAAAAGGUUUGGAGGACAACAGGCUCCGAGCAGCGCUGCAGAGACCAAACCCAGCGCUGGUGCGGUGCACGACGCCUCGGUGAAUGCCAACGCAGAUCCAGAGAGAGCCAAACAGCUGACGGCUUUAGUGGCAGAACAAGGCAAUAAACUACGAGGCCUAAAAGCCCAGAAAGCCGACAAGUCUGUUAUUGACGAUGAAGUCGAGAAAUUACUGCAACUGAAAAAACAACUUUCUCUAGCGGAGGGCAAGAACCCGGAGCCGGCCGCUCAGAAAGGAAAGAAGAAGUAAAAAGGUGAACAUGAGGGAAAAAAAUCCAUCAUGCAGGAAUAUUUUCAGGGCUUACUGCACUAUCCAUCCACUCCUAUAAAAAUACAACCUAUCCUUUUUAAAAUGCAAUGAAGUCUGUUAAAUGAUCUUUUUAAAAUGCAUUAAAAUCUAUGUAUUUCUUACUGUUGCUUGUUACUCCGAAACAACCAUAUUUUAUUCACACAAUCAAUAAACACAAAGACAAAAAAAAA